AUGGCUGAUGAACUUUGGAAUGAUCUUCAAUAUAUGGUUCUUGGUCGUGAUGAUCCGGAACUGUUUAUUCCUAGUUCAGCUUAUGAUAGUGCUCUGGCAAGGAAUAGACGCAGCCUUAUUGGGCGUCUGCUUAACCCUACUCUCCAAGACCGUGGGCGUGUCUUAACUGCCCUACCUGCUCAAUGGGAGCUUUACGACAGGGUGCACGGUCGAAUUCUGGAUGAUAGUUAUGUUCAAUUCAGGUUUAGUUCAGAGAGUGACUUAGCCUCUGUUCUCAGAAGGGGACCCUGGAGAAAGGUCAGAUUUGAAACUGGAGAAAGAGCCAUGAUAGGUUUUGAGUAUGAAAAACUCAAAAAAGUAUGCACCAACUGUUGUUGCUUCAAUCACGACUUGGCUCACUGUCCGUAUCUUGCUCCUCCGGCUUUUGAUGAUGAUUACCUCGAUGUUCCUCUGGCUCCUGGUCAGGAAGAAGAAGUGUUAUCCGUUCACAACAGCUGUAAUGGAGACAUUAAAUCAGAUCAGAGCUCCGCAAUCUCUUCCUAUUCCCCUAUCUCUCAGCCGCCGAGACCUGCUUCUCCAGCGCCGAAUCUUGAGGAGUUUUUAGCUGCUAACCCUCUCCAAUGUUUCCCGUCUUCAAGUUCAGCCUCCAUCAAAAUCUCAUCAGAUUCUCUGUUUUCUAAAACUGGAAAUCCAAAAGAAAAUUAUGAAAUUGGUGAGAGCUCGAAGAGGAAAAAAGGGAAACAGGUGCACAUGGAGACUGAUAGGAACACACGUCAAUGCAGAAAGGAUCCAGGACUGAGGUUCUAUCCGGUUUUACCAUAAACCUCUAAGGAAAAUGAUUAACAAGUCAGGAAUCUCAGGAACUAAUAGCCUUUAUUUCUGAGAUUCUUCUUUUUGGUUUAAUCCUUUUGUAGGAUGUGUCUUGCUUUAGUUUUUUUUAUGUUGACAAUGGUGUUUGGUUCACCUCUUGGUGCCUUGGCUAUGGUUAUUUUGAUGAAGGUAAAGGUCGUGGAAGAAAUUCAUGAAGACCUUUGAUGACUGUUUUUUGAAGAUGAUGUGGUGAGAUGUAAGGUUCUGUCAUUCCUCUUUACUUAUGAAGUAUGCUUUAAGACCGGCUGCAAUGAAUUACAUUGUUUUGAUGGUCUUAAUGAGAGAGUGAUGAAGACAGACUUACUUCACUAGCAUCUACCUUAUUUUAGCAGUUAUGUUGUAGUUUAAAUCUGCUGUGUUUCCAAGCUUGUUGUAAUAACUUGACUCUCCAACUUGGUUUCUUCUCUGAUGAAUGUAACAGUAUAAGCUCAUAUAUAAGAUGAACUUUUUGGAAAAAAAAAAAAA